UUGUCAAGCUAUCAAUAGCAUACGUCAGCUGUCAUUGUCAAAAUCAAAAACAAAUUAUUGAUUUAAUAAAAUAAGCCAAACGACCUCAAUUUAUGUGAUUAGUUUCGUUCUUUGUUGCGAAGAAAAUGUCGUCUAUUAUUCAAAAAUGUAAUGAUGAUAAUAUACCCUUAGCUGACGAUGAUCCACAAGUAAUAAUUACAGACGACAUCGAAAAUAAUCGAUUGGACCAUGGCCGUUCUAUGGACUCUUUACCCAGUUCAUAUACAGGUGGCUCGUCAAGCCCUGGCUUAAAUGGACCGCCUAGCUUCGAGCCGGAUUCAGGUAUAGAUGAGCAAGAGGAAAAAGCUCGUUUAAUAUCGCAAGUGCUGGAAUUACAGAACACAUUAGAUGAUUUGUCGCAAAGAGUGGAUUCUGUAAAGGAAGAAAAUUUGAAGCUUCGUUCCGAGAACCAAGUCCUCGGGCAAUAUAUUGAAAAUCUAAUGACUGCUUCUUCAGUAUUCCAAUCUACCACAUCUAAUGUUCAAAAAAAGUAAACAAUUUGUUUGUUGAUAUAAGCACCAACAUUAUAGUAAACACAGAAGUGUGUUUUAAAGUUGGCAAUCAUGAAAACCAUUAAAUACUUUAUGGUAAACUGUAUAUUACUCUUCUAUAACAGUCUCUCUGUCUCUCUGUCUCUCUCUCUUAAAUAUGAGAAUAAUGAAAAGGAGAUGUGGAUGUUCUUUAAAAAUGUAAUUUUAUUAAUAGGUAUAUAUACCACUAUACCAUGUAAUUCUGUGGACACUAUGCUUUAAAUAACUGCUUUCAAUGUUUUUAUCAAGUUUUUUUUCUGAACUUUUCAUAUGGUAACAUUUUGGGUCCAUUAAGAAUCUUAUAUGAACUGAGUGUUGCCAACAUCAUAACAUUCUAAUUACGAUUUUUUUAGGGAAAUGUUUGUGGCUUUGCUUUAAGAAAGCAGCCUAAUUUUGGGAAAUUACCAGAGCACAAAUUGUAUUGUAGUUACAUUUUAUAUGUCUAAGCAUAAUUUUUCCAUGUAUGUACACAUGACACAUAAGUUUUAAAUUAGUUCCAUAUUUUAAUGUUACACAGCAAAGCAAUUUCUUAGAAAAAAUUAUCUCUUCCCAUAAUUACUCACAUUCCAGUUAAAACUGCUUAGAAUAAUUUUAAACAUUGUGUUAAUGCUCUCUUCUCAACGAUGAAAAUCUCAAUUAUGUAUUUCUUAUGUCUUAUAGCUUUAAAUAUAUUUAUAACAACCUA